AUGAUUCUGGACAUACCUUCCUACAUUCACGUAGCAAACCUGUGGGACUUCCAGCUGCUCCUAUGGAGCUUCGGCUCAGCCAUCCUCGGAAUUUUUGUGCUACGGACCAUCUAUUACCUGACCCUCCAUCCUCUAUCAGGAUACCCAGGGCCGCUGCUCGCACGCAUCACCACCAUCACAUCGCUCUGGCACCGCGCCCAUGGUACCAACCACAGCUGGCCGCUGCUCCUUCAUAAAAAGUACGGACACAUUGUACGCAUCGGCCCCAACGAGCUGAGCUACAGCCAUCCCGAUGCCUGGCACGACAUCUAUGCCAAGGCCGGCGGCGGGGGCGACAUACCCAAGGACUUUGUCGGGCUGGGGCCGGACAUGGCAGCGCCCGAGAAUGGUAUCGUGCGCGCCGACGACGCCAACCAUCAGCGGCAGCGCCGUAUCUUCUCACAUGCCUUUUCUGACCGUGCCGUGCUCAAGCAGGAGAGUCUGGUGCAGAGUCAUGUCCGCAACUUGAUGUGCAAGCUGGCUGAAGAGGAUGGGGAGCCUGCUUCUUCUCAUGGCCGCGUCGACCUCGUGACCUGGCUGAGCUACCUAGCUUUUGACAUCAUGGGCGAUCUCAUGUACGGCGAGCCGCUCGGCAUGCUCGAGAGCGACCAAGCGGCGCGGCAGUGGGUACGCGACACGUACUCGACCAUCAAGACGGUUACGCUCGGCAUGGCCAUGAUGGGCUGGCACCCGCCCCUGGGGCCGCUGCUCCUCAAAUACAUCUGGGGCGACAAUGUUGAGCGCCGCGCCCGGCACAACCGCUUUUCCAUGGACCGCGUCGACAAGCGCCUGGACCGCGGUGACCACUCGGGCAGCGACGUCUGGUCGAUGAUCAUGCAGAAUAGUGGUGACGAGAAGCGGCCCGGCAUCACCCGCGCCGAGAUGUAUUCCAACGCCGCGACGUUCAUGAUCGGCGGCACCGAGACCACCACGGCCGCCACGUCGGCCCUGAGCUACCUACUGCUCACGCACCCGGCCAAGAUGGCCACGCUACGCGCCGAGCUCGACGCUGCCAUCAAAGACCCUCAAGAGGACAUGACCUUCACUGGCCUACGCAAGCUACCAUACCUCAACGCGUGUAUCGAGGAGGCCAUGCGCCUGUAUCCGCCCGCGCCGACGCCCAUGCCGCGCAUGGUACCCCGGGGGGGUCGUGUAGUCUGCGGGCGCUACGUGCCAGAGGGCACGCGUGUCGAUAUCUCUCUGUACGCGAUUGCACAUCAUCCGGACAACUUCGUCAAUCCCGAGGAAUUCGUGCCGGAGCGGUGGUUGGACGACAACGACCGGCCCGCCAAGUUUGCUGGGGAUCGGAGGGAGUGCGUCAAGGUAUUUUCGGCGGGGCCGAGAGACUGUAUUGGCAAGAAUCUUGCGUACCCCGAGAUGAGGCUCAUCAUGGCCAGUCUGUUGUACAAUUUUGACCUUGAAUUGGCUGACCCUAGCUUUGACUGGUUGGACCAGAACAGUUACGGGAUCUGGGACAAGCACCCGCUGUGGGUGAAGUUGGUACCUCGCCAAGUUAUGCAGGCUCCGUGA